AAUCGGAUACUUCAUCUUUAUUAACAUGUUUUCCAAAAUCGUCGUCUUAUGUGCUUUUGUAGCGGUUUCAUCCGCUGGGCUUUUACCUGCUCCAGGCCAUUACUCUUCUGCAGCGGCCGUUUCUUCCCAGAGCAUCGUCCGCCACGACCAGCACCAGGCUAAGCUGGCGUACGCCGCUCCCGUCGCUAAGCUCGCCGUCGCCGCUCCCGCUGUGUACCACGCCGCCCCCGCUGCCGUGUACCAAGCAGCUCCCGCCCCAGUGUACCACGCUGCCCCCGCCCCUGUCGCCUACCACGCUGCUCCCGUGCACUAUGCCGCCCCUGUCGCUAAGGUCCUCGCUCAACCUGAGGAAUUCGCUCACCCCAAAUACGAGUUCUCUUACGCCGUCUCCGACCCCCACACCGGUGACGACAAGCAACAGCAGGAGGUCCGCGACGGCGAUGUCGUGAAGGGCUCCUACUCGUUCCACGAAGCCGACGGCUCCAUCAGGACCGUGGAGUACUCCGCCGACGACCACAGCGGCUUCAACGCGGUCGUGCACAACACCGCGCCCACCGCCGCCCCCGUCGUCUACAAGCAAGCCGCCGCUCCUCUCCUCCUCAAGGCUCCCGUCUACGCCGCCGCUCCUGCUCACCAAUACUACCACUAAAUAAUUUUCACAUAUCUCAUCAGCUUACCAAAUGAUUGUUGAUUAUUUAUUUAUUGAAAUAUACAA